AUGUCGUUUGAUGAAAUACCUAUCGAUGAACGGUUGGAUUGUCAAAAAGUCGUUGUCGAUACUAAGGAUAAACAUAAACUAUUUGGAAUUAUUGUAAAACACAAAUUCUCAAGCAAACACAACGACCUGGAUCCAAUUUUGAUCUACUUUCAAGGUAAUGCUGGUAACGUCCUUGCACGCAUACCAAUCUUUUCGCGAAUUUUGUUAUCCUCUUCGAAGGGUUCGGUCUCGAAUUUGCAAAUAAUUGCCAUAAGUUAUAGAGGAUACUGGUUAUCAACAGGGUCGCCUUCUGAAGUCGGCAUUCAGAAAGAUUCGAUGUCAAUUUAUGAGUUUGUGCGUGAAGUCUACCCGAAAAAUCCAAUCUAUAUUUAUGGACAUUCUUUGGGAGGCGCAGUCGCCCUCCAUUUAGCUUCUGACCCUCGCGUCCAAAAGGACCUGAAAGGCAUCAUAAUUGAAAAUACCUUUACUUCUAUCGAGGAUAUGGUCACCACUAUAUAUCCACAAAAAUGGUUGCCUUAUCGCUAUUUAGUCCACAUUCCAUUAUUAUUACGUAAUAAGUGGGAUAAUAAACGCGUUAUUCGGGAAAUAAGUACACCCAUUAUGUUUUUGUCAUCAAAAAAGGAUGAGCUUGUGCCACAGGAUCAAAUGAGGGAAUUACACGAAUUGUCUCGAACGUCCAAGGUUUGGGUCGAGUUCAAAAAUGCUUUACAUGAGGAUAUAUUUUUCCACAGAGGAUACUGUGAAGCGAUUUAUCAGUUUAUCAAUGAAACAAAACUUUAA